AUGACUUCCAUUCCCUCAGAAACCUCCCCUCUGCUCCAACAUGGCCAUCCGGGGUUCCAACAUACGUCAGAGAACGAACUACGGCCCAGCAAGACGGUCACGUUUGGCCCGACUCCCAGAUCCAGCCCGUCAACAAGCAAUUCAACUCGAGCGAACAUACUACGGCCCUUGCAUUCCGCUACUCCGUCAAUACAAAGCAGCUCAGGGCAGCCAGUCCUCGCAGCACUCAACAGCAAACUUCGCCGAAGACACAGCCAGGGUCCAUCAUCCAGCUUGACGCUGAACCCAGCCCCCAAAAUCGGACCCCAGCGGACGACAAAAACCACCCAGAAACUCAAGCUUCUGCCGAAUCCCGUUACGGGAGAGGAGGACGAAGGUAUCGACGACGCAGUUCCGAGGGAUGUGUACUCGCAGAUAAAACGGAUAAAGGAACCAACCGCAAGACGAGAUGCGGCAAGACUAGGCAAAGCAGAUCGAGAUCGCCUGCCGCGAGUGACGGCGUAUUGCACGGCCAAUUCGUAUAGGUUGGAAAGUGUCAUGAAGUUUCUAAAAUCGCGGGCCUCGACUAGGGGAACGAAUCCCAAACUUUUCGACGAAUGUGUCUAUUCCCCGUUCAACUAUGACCAUGAAGCGAAAAUGAAAUAUAUUCAAGACCAGUCCAGCAUGCAGGAGCCCAUACAACAAUUACCGUUGCUGUCCGAUCCUACCCAGCGACGAUUUUCCGACAGCGAACUCGAGGUUGAAGGCCACAGAGAAGAGCAACGGGAGCAACUUCUCAGUAUGGAGCAUAACGACACCAACGGCCGAUUGUCGCCGCCUCGUCUUUCCGAAGAGCAUCACGCCCAGUCAUCACCCCAGCUCCUCGUCGCUACCUCAUCAGACCACGAGCCCCCUGACCUGAACACCACAAUUCGCAGCCCGGAAGUUUUUCUCUUCGACUACGGCACCGUCGUGAUCUGGGGCAUGACCCCGAGCCAGGAAACCCGUUUUCUGAACGAAGUAGCCAAAUUCGCCGAAUCCGUUCUCAGCGCUGAGGACACCCAGGUCGAGAAUUUCAAUUUUUAUUACACACGCGACUAUCAAGCCCGUAUAUAUAACGACUUCAUAUCGCUCCGUGACUCCCGAAGCUAUAUGACCAAGCUUGCCAUUUCCCACGCCCUCUCUCAGUCCGUAAAAACGUCGCUUUUUGAGGACCUUGUUUCCGAGACCAUCGCCGCGACGUCUCCCCUUCCCGCUCAGAUCGCUCAGACCGGGAGUGUGAACCUCACUCGCCGUCAGAUAAACAUGCAGAUCGGAGAGCUUUUCAUUCUGCGAAUAAAUAUUCACCUCCAGGGGUCGGUACUGGACAGCCCGGAGCUUAUGUGGGCGGAGCCGCAGCUGGAUCCGAUUUACCAAGCCGUGCGGAGUUAUCUGGAGAUGGAUCCACGGGUUGAGUUGUUGACUGAGCGUUUGGACGUCAUUGCUGACCUGCUUGCCGUCCUGAAAGACCAGUUGAGUCAUCGGCACGGGGAGUAUCUGGAGUGGAUUGUUAUCGUUUUAAUUGCGGCAGAGAUCGUCAUCGCUGGGAUCAACAUCGUCGUUGACCUUUACGCCGGCAUCGAUUAG